CUUUUUCCCCCCCUCCCCUUUCCCCGCCAUGGCACGGCCCCCCCCAGCGCCGCGCCGCCCCCCCCCGCUCCCCGGGGCCGGUAUGAGUCAGGUGUGAGGCCCCGCCGGGAGGAGCGGCCCCGCCGGGAGGAGCAGCCCCGCGCCCACCCCCGCCCUGCCCGCCGCAGCCCCGCCGGGGCAGCCCUGACGCUGGGCUUUUCCUUCUCUUUAUCUUUUUUUUUCAAGCUUUUUUUUUUUUUCAAUUAUUAUUAUUUUUGCCCCCCCCCCUUCCCCUUUUCCCUCCCUCCCGUGUCGCCGCCAGGGAAUCCAGCACCGCACUGAAGCCAGAAGAGAGGGAGCAAAACCCAACCCAGGCCGAGAGCUGCGUCCGAAACAAAACCCACCCUUUUUAUUGUAAAGGAGAUUUUUUAAUAUUUUUUUUUCCCUCCUUAAUUUUUUUUAUUAUUAUUUUUGAAUCCUGACCCGAAACGCCAGGGAGGAAGCAGAGUCAGGGCAGGGAGGUUUUCCCGGUUAUUUAUUUUCUCCCCCCGCAGAGGUGUCUCCUCCGGCCGCCAGCUCACCAUGAUGUUUCGAGACCAGGUCGGCGUGUUGGCCGGUUGGUUCAAGGGCUGGAACGAGUGCGAGCAGACUGUUGCGCUGCUCUCGCUGCUGAAACGCGUCAGCCGGACCCAAGCUCGCUUCCUCCAGCUCUGCCUGGAGCACUCCCUGGCAGACUGCACCGAGCUCCACAUCCUCGAAGGGGAGGCCAACAACCCCGGAAUCAUUAACCAAUGGCAACAGGAAUCCAAGGAUAAGGUGAUUUCCCUAUUGUUAACCCACCUGCCUUUACUGAAGCCUGGCAACAUUGAGGCAAAAGUUGAAUACAUGAAACUCUUGCCUAAAAUCCUGGCCCACUCAAUCGAACACAACCAACACAUCGAGGAGAGCAGGCAGUUGCUGUCCUAUGCCUUGAUACACCCUGCCACCUCCUUAGAGGACAGGAGCGCCCUGGCCAUGUGGCUCAACCACCUGGAGGACCGCACGUCGGGUGGCUUCGGCGGCCAGAACAGAGGUCGGUCGGAUUCGGUGGACUACGGGCAGACGCACUACUAUCACCAAAGACAAAACUCUGAUGACAAACUCAACGGAUGGCAAAACUCUCGAGACUCGGGCAUAAGUGUCAGCGCUUCCAGCUGGCAGGACAAAAACCUGGCGUGCGAGAACGGCCAUCUGCCCCUCUACUCCUCCUCCUCCGUCCCCACAACCAUCAACACCAUCGGCACUAGCACAAGCACCAUUCUCUCAGGCCAGACACACCACAGCCCUUUGAAACGCUCUGUGUCCCUUACCCCACCCAUGAAUGUGCCAAACCAACCUCUAGGACAUGGAUGGAUGUCUCAUGAGGACUUACGAGCUAGAGGACCCCAGUGCAUCCCUUCCGAUCAUGCCCCCCUGUCUCCACAAAGCAGUGUAGCCUCUUCGGGAAGUGGUGGGAGUGAACAUUUAGAAGAUCAGCCUUCUGCUCGUAACACAUUCCAGGAGGAAGGGAGUGGGAUGAAAGAUGUCCCAGCCUGGCUGAAGAGCCUCCGGCUGCACAAGUACGCUGCCCUCUUCUCGCAGAUGACGUACGAGGAGAUGAUGGCCCUCACCGAAUGCCAGCUCGAGGCACAAAACGUUACCAAAGGCGCAAGACACAAAAUAGUCAUCAGUAUCCAAAAGCUAAAAGAAAGACAAAACCUGCUCAAAUCUUUAGAAAGGGACAUCCUGGAAGGUGGAAACUUGCGUGUCCCGCUGCAGGAACUACACCAAAUGAUCCUCACCCCCAUCAAAGCCUACUCUUCCCAAAACUUGAGCACGGAGGAGCACAGCCGGGACGCAGACUCGCAUCACCCCUCCUCCCUGAUGGGCUCCGACAGCCAAGGCUCUGACUGCAAGGACUCUGCCGCGGGGGGGAUGCAGCAGCACCAUUUGCCAGGAUGCGAGGGCGAGUCAGGGGGGGGCCCUUUGCCCGAAGGCGACCUGCCCGGACAGUUCACCAGAGUGGUGGGGAAAGUAUGCACACAACUUUUAGUUUCCCGACCUGAUGAAGAGAAUAUAAGUUCCUAUUUACAGCUCAUAGACAAAUGUCUAAUCCAUGAGGCGUUUACAGAGAUCCAGAAGAAACGGCUGCUGUCAUGGAAACAGCAGGUGCAGAAACUCUUUCGGUCUUUCCCUCGGAAAUCCCUACUGGAGCUGUCAGGCUAUCGGCAGCAGAGGAGCCGAGGCUUUGGCCAGUCGAACUCCUUACCGACAGCCGGAUCUGCAGGGGCAGGACUGGGCCGGCGGAACCCCCGCCAGUUCCAGAUCCCCUCCCGCAACCUCCCCACUGCCCGGCUGGGGCUGCUGGGCCCCAGUGGGCUGCUGGGCACCCCCCAGCGCAGCCCUGCCGCCAGCCCCGCCAUCCUCAAGCAAGGCAGACAGAACCUCUGGUUUGCCAACCCCGGGGGCAGCAACAGCAUGCCCAGCCGGAGCCACAGCUCGGUGCAGAGGACGCGCUCGCUGCCGGUCCACACCUCCCCGCAGACCAUGCUGAUGUUUCAGCAGCCAGAGUUCCAGGUGCCGGUGACUGAACCUGACAUCAACAACAGGCUGGAGUCCCUGUGCCUGAGCAUGACGGAGCACGCGCUCAGCGAUGGUGUCGACCGAACCUCCACGAUCUAGAAGGCGUCGCAACGGGGACGCUGGCCGGGAGAACAACUGCUGCGGGUCCAGCGGCGAGGUCGGGGCUUGCAGGGAGCCUCAGCGAUAGCUUGCAUCCUUUCUCCUCUCUCUCCUCCUCUCCUCUCUUUUUCUCUCUCUCCUGUUUUAAUUUUGUGAAUGUGUAGAUUGUCCUUGUGAACAUAUCAUUAGACUUGGAAUUUGUGUUGUCAUUUAUUACAUCCAUGCUAGGGGGGAAAAAAUGGCAAAAAAAAUCGACAACGAUGAUGAAAAGCAUGGGGAGGGUGGGGAAGGACGCGGCAGGAGAGUGCUGACAACGGAGGGUUCACCAGAGCACCAUGGGCAAGCCCUGUUUCUGGACAAGGAUACGAAUGAGUGCCGAGUAUCACACAGGGACGUGUGUGACCAAAAACCCUUUGAGGAGGAUUUGCCAGUCCUGCCAGGGGCUUCGGGGCCGGUGGUCCCAUCUCUUGAGUUUUGCUGCCUUCAGGCAUAGACUGGCCCGGCGAGCCCAGAGUUAAAAAACAAAAAACAAAUCAAAACCAAAUAAUAAUGAAAAUAACCCCAAAAUUUCCUUUCAGUUUAGCCAAGAGCAUCCGCAGUUUCAAUGCAGCAUUGUGCACCGGGCAGAGGAGGCGGAGGGUCGGCGGGCGCCUGCUGGGCGUGGGGUCGGUCCCCUGUCCCUGCGCCCCUGGCAUGGGUCAGGGUGUGGGGAUGUGGGGGGGUGGGGUGGGGUGUCUCGUCUUGCCCAGCAGAGGGUCCCGGGGGAUGUCAGUGAAGGGGGGGGGACACACUGGGUGAGUUUCCAUGUCUCUUGCCUUGCCUGCACAGGUACCAGGAAGGUGCUGCAUCUUGGCUUUACACAUUUGGCCCCAGCCUGCCAAAAUCCAGCCAUAAGGGGCUUUUCCAGCCCAGGGGUGGCUAACGAGGGAUGAAAGAGGCUUGGGAGCAAGCCUGUGGUUUUAUUUAGCCAAAUUAAAAAAAAACCAAGCCCCAAAAGGCACCAAAAUGCAGCUUCACAGCCCCCUUUUCUUGGCACUAAACACAUGCCAAGGAGGAGACUGUGGCUGUGGCUUGGCUGCCCCCUUGCCCCCUGCCACAGGGAGCUAAAUUUGAGCCAAGGGCAUUAAAUCGGUAAAUCCGACACGGUGCUGCUCAAGCCCGUGCUCAAAGCAAGAAGGGGGACAGAGAAGCCAUCAGUGCAACAGUGAUGCUUGGCAUAGUGGCAGCUUUGCUCCUGCUGGUCCUCAUGCUGCUCCGAGUCUUCUGAUGGAAUAAUAAAUUGAAGAUUAAUUAAAGAAAGGAGGUGAUGGGUGGGAGCAGCAGCCAUGGAGGUUGCAGCAAUAUUCCCAAAAUGAGCUGGACCGUAAGCACCGAUGGGCAGCAGUGUGUGCUGGGACCAGUGGGAGCAGGGCUGGGGGCUAAGGGGAACCAGAGCAUCGGCUGGGCCAGCAGGGAUGGGAGAUGUGUGAAUCCAUUUGCCAUGCAGCAUUUUUAAGUUGUUUUCUAAAAAAAACAACAAAAAAACCACGAAAAAACACAAGUGCCAAAUGCAAUGUUUUAUGUUUGCCAUUCCUUGGUGCCCUGCUUCCCAGCAGGCAUGAGGUAGGGUGGGGUGUGCGGGGGGGAGCGGAGAAGGGGAAAACGGAAAGCGAGGGAGGUCGGGAAGAGGUGUGAGAAGGUGAAGGCAAAGAGGGGGCUGGAGGGGGCUGAGCCGCAGGCGCCAGCCGGCGCUGGACACCUGGGCCACCCCCUGAGCAUCCCCAGGUUGUAUGAAACCGAGGUGUGAACACAACCGCUGUAGCAGGAGCCUUCCUCGGGAAAGGCUCAAAUGUAUUUACGGAGCUGAAAUUCUAUUUAUUCCUUCGCUGACUAUAGAAACAGAGGUUAUCUGAUUGUUAAGAGAUAUUAUUUUGGAUAUAUUACCUAUUAACUUGCUAUGGCUGGUAACCAUGAUAAUGUCUGUUAUUAACAACCACCAAAUAAUUCAAUUGUUUUUUCCUUUUGUUAAAAAAAAAAAAAGAGCUUCUUUUCCAUUGACAGUGUUAAUAACAACUUAGUUGUGUUUGCUGUUCCUUGGUUGUUUUUUUCUAAGUAACAAAAAAAAAUAAUCGUGGCUUCAGUUGCGUUCAGGAAGUCCUGCUUGGCCCUGGGAUGCCUGUGCUGAGUGCAGGCAGCAGAGGUCCAGAAAAAGAAGUUCAGAAAAAAAAAAGAAAAAAAAAAAAAAAAAAAAGCUUGAAUCCUAAAAGAAAAUAAAAAUUAUUUAUAAAAAGAAAAAAGGGGAAAAAAAAAACAAAAAACCACAAAAAACCAGUUGCAUGAGUGAGGCUGUGAAGUCAAAUCUUUAGUAAUAAAGCGGCAGUGCCUUUCUUUUUUGUAUUCACCCGUUCACCCCACGUGCAACUGUUUUGUACCACGCGCGCGUUGUGGCUAGGGCGAUGUCGCCACCACGGGGGCCCUCGGUGUUGGGUGGGCAUCUCCCCCCCACCCUGCUCCCCCAGAGACAGCCCCUGGCGCCCCCAGCGCCCACCGGGGACCUUUUACUGGUGCUGUUCCCCUGAGCCGUCCCCGGCUGCGGCGGGGGGGCCGGCCAGCUCAGCGCCCAAGUGUCCUUGGGUCCGGCGGAUGCUCCCCGUGGCUGCGACACCCGGGGGGGGAAAAACCAACCACAAAACCUUUUUUUUUUUCCGAGGUGACCUCCCCCUCCCCAGGGACAAGCCCUGCGCUCGACUGGACUUGAGCUGGGCUUUGCCUUGGCUUGCUCAGCUCAUUAAAAAAAUCUUAGCGGGGGUCAAGCCCAGCCAGCAUCCAGCAGGAAAAUCCAAAACUGUGAUUUACGCUCGCGAGUGGCGCAGAGCAAAGCUCAAGGUUGGUCAGCACUUAGGGAAACGAUUUCUGUUGUCACCUUUCUCCAUGUCGGGGUGCGGCUGUGCCCCAGGUUUGGCUUUCUGAAUGUGCCUGAUGGAAAGUGGGUCCUGCAGACGUCUAUAAUUUGCACACAGCGACGAUAACACUAAAGUUGAUUUUAUACGAGUCAUCAGAGUUUGCAAAGUGAGUUUUAUUUUUUGUAUUCCUUUAUCUUUACUUAAAGGUGAAUGUGUAUUCCUCUGGGAGGAAUAGGAAGAAAAAAAAAACAAACAGGAAUGUUAAUAAUGUUAAACAGAAUACUUCCUCCCUUAUUAAUAUAUAUAUAACCCUUAUGUAUUUAUGCAUACUGUAAGCUUACUUUAAAAAGCUUUGAACUCUCUUCUGUUGCAUGCCGUUCCUGGGCAGCCUUUUAUUGUACAUGCAUGCCUUUAGUCCUGGUUUUUCUGUACAAAGUUAGUGCACAAAGAACUAUUUUUGCCUAGUUAAUGUUGCCGAGCAAUGCAUAUUUUUAAUUUCUUUUCUUUUUUUUUUUUUUUUUUUUGUCAUAUAUGGAAAUAGCAUGUUUGUUACAUGUAAAAGCUUCCCGAUAUAAAGAAAUACUAAUGUUUGGAGAUGCCGGUCUUUGCAAGUGUACAGUUUUCAAAUGUUGUUCCCAGUGAAACACCCUCGUGAUUUCAACUUGCUCCAAUGUAUUUAUUACUCAUUUCCUCCCAUGUAACUAGGAAUCAUGGCUAUAUUUCAUAUCAACGUUAUAUUGAAAGUGAAGGGAGAUGAUUAAUACAAGGUUUUGUAACA